AUGUCUACCAGAACAGCCGACAUCGUUUUCUUCCUGGCAUUUGUGUCUGCCUUCCUAUGUUUUAGCCUACAAGCAGCCCCGGGCGACGGUGCAGGCUCGCUGAUGCUCGGUUGUGGCUCAGAAAAUGAAGCCACAGAUGCAGACGGACGAAAAUGGUUACCAGAUGCAAAGUUUAUUAGUGGAUCGAAUUCGGUUCAGGCCGAAGCUCAAUACCAAGACCCUGCACUUGGUUCUGAAGUCCCUUACAUGAAGGCCAGGAUAUUCACAUCAAAUGCCACGUACAAGUUUCCGGCCAAGUCUAAGCAAAGGUACUUCCUCAGGCUACAUUUCUAUCCUUCAGUCUAUGGCAGCAACAAUGCCGAGCAGGCCUUUUUUUCGGUUGUGGCAAAUGGAAUCACAUUAUUGAAGAAUUUCAGUGCCUCAAUCACUUGCAAGGCGACCACACAAGCCUAUAUUAUAAGAGAGUACUCUUUAGCUCCACUCACCCAGGAUGAUUUGGAGGUCACAUUUUCGGUAGACACAGGUUUCGCCUUUGUCAACGGCAUUGAGCUUGUCGCCGUCCCAGAUGGCUUGUUCGACAAGGCAACGCUUGUUGGGAAGCCGGAUGAGAGCAUUGACAGCAAGAGCUCGAAUUUGCAGACAGUGUAUAGGUUGAACGUUGGAGGGAGUUUCAUUCCGCCAACCAAAGACUCUGCCUCCUUAGGAAGAGCUUGGUAUGAUGACAAUGCUUAUAUCUUUGGUGCUAAUGUUGGAAUACCUGAUGUGGCAGACAACACGACUAAAAUUGAGUACGAAAAUAUCCCAGAGUAUUCUGCUCCUGUUGAUGUCUAUACCACCGCAAGAACAAUGGGUCCUGACAAGAAUAUAAAUAUCAACAGCAACCUGACAUGGGUGUUCAACCAGGUUGAUACCAAGUACAUGUACAUUGUGAGGCUACACUUCAGCGAUAACGCGAACACGAAACCAAAUCAGGUUGUCUUCACCAUUUACAUAAACAACCAAACUGCAGAGCCUGAAGCUGAUGUGAUUGCAUGGUCAGGAGGGAUGGGAAAGGCUGUUUACAAAGACUAUGUAACACCACUUAGUGAAAAGAGUGGGGGCGAUCUUUGGCUAGCUUUGCAUCCUAAUCCGGAUCCAAUGCCAGAGUACUACGAUUCACUGCUGAGCGGAGUGGAGAUAUUCAAGAUCGAGUCUAGUAAAAGCUUGGCCGGUCCUAAUCCCAAGCCUUCCGACAUGUUGCAAAAGGACGAGGAUGAGCAGAAGAGAAGCUUUGAAACUAAGAAGGAUACCGAUAAGGGAUCAAACAAGGCUCAUGUGAUCGGUGGAGCCGCAGGAGGAGCUGCAGCUGCCGGGGUAGUGGCUGCAUUGUGCAUUGCUGUAUACCAAAGGAAGAAGCGAGUCCAAGGAACCGAAUCACAUUCUACUAGUUGGCUUCCAAUUUAUGGCAACUCACACACUAGUGGCAAAUCAUCUUCAGGCAAGAGUCACGGCAGCAGACACAUCUCGUCGGCUGCACAAGGCCGGUGCAGACGCUUCUCGUUUGCGGAGAUGAAACAGGCCACCAAGAAUUUUGAUGAGGCUAAUGUGAUUGGUGUUGGAGGGUUUGGGAAGGUGUACAAGGGAGUUAUUGACAAUGGAGCUACCAAAGUGGCCAUCAAGAAGUCCAACCCUCAAUCCGAACAAGGAGUAAACGAAUUCCAGACCGAAAUUGAGAUGCUUUCGGAGUUGAGGCACAAGCAUUUGGUGUCACUCAUUGGAUUCUGUGAGGAAGACGAUGAAAUGUGCUUGGUUUAUGACUACAUGUCACGCGGUACGCUAAGGGAGCACAUUUACAAGGGCAACAAGACUCAUUUGUCAUGGAAGCAAAGGCUGGAGAUUUGCAUUGGAGCAGCUAAAGGACUUCACUACCUUCACACUGGGGCAAGAUGGACAAUCAUUCAUAGAGAUGUCAAAACAACAAACAUUCUCUUGGAUGAGAAUUGGGAGGCUAAGGUCUCCGACUUCGGGCUCUCGAAAACUGGCCCAGACUUGAACAAGGGUCAUGUUAGCACAGUCGUGAAGGGAAGCUUUGGGUAUUUGGAUCCUGAAUACUUCAAAAGACAACAACUGACUGAAAAAUCUGAUGUCUACUCAUUUGGGGUUGUCCUAUUUGAGGUGUUGUGUGCAAGACCUGCUCUAAAUCCAAACCUUCCAAAAGAACAGGUUAGUCUAGCAGAUUGGGCACUACAUUGCCAAAAGAAGGGUAUUCUUGAAGACAUCAUUGACCCUCAUCUGAAGGGCAAAGUGAACAUGGAAAGCAUCAAAAAAUUUGCAGACACAGCUGAGAAGUGCUUGUCUGAGUGUGGAGUUGAUCGCCCUAGUUUGAAUGACAUCUUGUGGAACCUUGAGUUUUCUCUCCAGUUGCAGGAAGGGACAGAUGGUGUGUCAACCCGAUCAGGGUCACGAACUCGAUCCGACUCCGACGACGCUAGUUUGAGAAACCAAGAAAUGAUGGCAAUACAUUACAGCAACCUGAGUCUCGGAAGUGAGAGUGACCUAGGGGAAGUUCAACCAUCAUCAUCGUCUGAUAACAACGAAGCCGCCCCCGAUAGUGAUAGUGCAAUCUUCUCGCAGAUUGUUAAUCCGACGGGUCGAUAGAUUAUUUGAGAGGAUCAUAGGGGGAUGCAAGUACUAAAGCAAACUAGCCUCUAGUAGAUUACUUGAGAGGAUCGAUGAUGAUGUGCUUUGAUUCUAUAUAUAUUACUUGUUUGCUCCUUUUGCUUAUACAAGCAUAUAAGUUGUUUUAGUACUAAAUAUUUGACAGGCCAGGUUUCUAUAGCGAAUUGUACUCUGCUCAGAGAUGUUCAUCAUUAA